CGGCUUCCUCUUUCUCACAAUAACAACAGCUGGCCCCAGUUAAAGAUGGCCGUCGCAACCGUGGCGGGGCUCGAUGCCCACAGGAUGGAGGAGAAGAAGUUGGAGUACUUCUCCUCCAUCAACUCCAUGGCAAAGAAAAUAAUGCAGGAGAGGGAGAAAAUCAAAGCCAAGCACGGCUCGUCCUGGGAGAAAAUGACGCCGCAAGAGCAGGACAACGCCAUCGACAACUGGAUGAUGGAUCCUCAUAUCCGAGCCCGAUACGCUAUGCACAGAGUUGAGCGUGAAGAAGUGGUCUGUUACCCUAAAAUGCUCAUUCAAACGGGUCAGAAGAUAGUUCACUUCGGAGAAGAGGAUAUCACCUGGCAGGAUGAGCAUUCUGCACCUUUUUCGUGGGAAACAAAGAGUCAGAUAGAUUUCAGCUUGACAUCAGGCCCUGUAGAUCAGGGGAUCUCAUCAUCCUCCCAGUCUGACUCAAAAGCGUCGAAGGUUACUCAUUCCGGUCAGAUUGGCAAGAGUGCAGCAGGAACAAAGGUGUCGGUCAGCGAGGGCCGGAGACCAGAAGAGGAGUCAUCUUUCUGGAAGAUCAGUGCUGAGAGGUCCAGGCUGGAGGGUGAGCAAGCUGACUUCCAGUCCCUGACCCCCAGCCAGAUCAAGUCCAUAGAGAAAGGAGAGAAACCCCUCCCAUCCUACCUCCGACAGGAUAGCUCUGUCAGCGCCAAGGAGCCUGAAACUGCAGAGCACCACGCUCCAGCUCCCACUAGGUCCACCAAGCAUAGAGCACCCAAGCCUCCUGCGCCACCACCUCCUAUCCCCACCGCUGUCAGCGCAACCCCGGCAUCCAUCUCCAUUUCUCCAAACCCGCCCCCACCUAUCAGCGUCCCAUCUACAAAUGCAGGCUGGGAGAGAUCUCAGAGCACCCUGCCAUCCGUCAGCAACACGGUCGAUGAAAUGUUCGCCUCCAACCUGGUGUCCAAGCCUUCAAAUGUCUCGAAGGAGAAAGAGAAGGAGGAAGAGGGCUCAGCCAAUAUUGACGUCAGCCCCACUUUUACCCAGUUUAAUACAAGCAGCAACAUCCUGAAGACCGGAUUCGACUUCCUAGACAACUGGUAAACCACAGCAGGACCCAGUCACUGCUCUGAAUGAGUCAUCCUCAUCAUAACUUUAAAGAAGGACCACACUACCAUGACCACAGACAUCCACGUCUAGAUUUAGGAGACACCAUUUUUUUUAAAAUAACCACAUUAUGUUCUUGUAAUCGUCUUCAGUGGGUAGUUAAGACAUUAUCUCACUGCCCCUUUCCUGGUGGAUUUUUCCCCCCUCUCCUUUCUCAGAAUAGGAUCGAGUCCAUAGAAUUGCCAAACACUUCCACAUUUACCACUUGAUAUGAAGUCUGCUGGAAAUCCACUCAGAGAAAAAUUGAAAUCAAUAAGUUUAUCGAUCUGAUGUACACGCUGGUCACAUAAUCCUGCUGCAUACAGUAACCUGAUGAUUCUGUUGCGUACAUGUGCUGUGAAUGCACAGUUGAUUUCACACGUAGCUCCUAGACACGAGUCUAUCAAAUGAACAGUUUUAUUCGUCAACAUGGAACAAAACACUAAACCCAUAUCCAGGUUUAAGUUAAUAUUUUUUGUUAUUCUUUAUUGCUCAUGUUCUUUUUAUUUAUGCUUAUAUAUUCCUGUAAACCUAAGAAAUUUAGAGUAGUGCGUGAUGUUGCAGUCCUGACCCACACAGUGCAAUUACUACAGUAAAAAUCUUGGGAUUUUACCGUUACAUCUCUUAAUACUGCAGAAUGUAUUUAAAGCUUUUAUACAUACAUAGAAAUAGAUGGUUGGUUUAAAUGUAGCUAAAUAGAAACCGCAGCAUUGUUCUGUUUGGUAUUUGGAAAAAAACACACAGGAGGGAAGAACUGGGAAGUGCUCAGACUUAGUCAUGGAAAAGUCAUGGGCUGUAUGUCCGGGCUGCUAUGGGAACCAGUUACAGAUGUCCUGCAUGGAUUCAGCUACUUGGAAACACUUUCACACCUCCCAGCUUUCACCUUUGACCUCAAAAUAAUGCUGAACAAAUCUAGUGUGCAUAGUGUGAAAUGAUUCACACUCAACUAUUGUGUCGUAGGUAAAUGGGCAGGCUUAUAGUGUUUGGUGGCACUUGUGUCAGAUCUACAUGUAAUGCUUAGUUUUCUAUAUUUAUCUGCUCAUUGUAUCUUCUGUUACACACGUGCAUCACAUUCAUGCAUUUUGGGGUCACAGUUUGGAAGGAAAUAAACAAAUUGUACUUAAA